AUUGAUCACUAAUACUACAUCCACAUAUUUUAUUUCUCAUCACUCUCUUAUAAUAUAUCUGUAUAAAAAGCUAUAAUUACAAAGAGGAUUUGAUCUUCAUCUCAGCUUUAAUUACCACCCUUUCCAAAAAUACAAUAAUGGCCGAUGGUGUUUCGUCCAGCAUUGCUGCAAAUCUUGCUGCAAAUCUUAUUCAGAUGCUGAUUUCUCAAGCAUUUAAAGAGAUUCGAUUGCUUUAUGGUGUGAAGGACGAGUUUCAGAAACUUGUUGGGACGAUUGAAGUAAUCAAAGGCGUACUUCUUGAUGCAGAAGAGAAGAUGGAUGUUGAUAAUCAAGUCAAAGCUUGGCUCAAACAGCUUGGAGAUGUUUUCAUUGUUGCUGAUGACUUGGUGGACAAGUUUCAUACCGAACUUCUACAGCAUAAACUCAUGUCUGGGCAUAGGUUUACUAAAUCAGUACGUAUUUUCUUCUCCAGCUCUAAUCAGCUAGUUUUUCGUUUUAAGAUGGGCCAUAAGAUUAAACGUAUAAGAAAACAACUACAAGAUCUAAGAGAAAAUAACACUUUUCAAUCAUUAGAUGUUCGUCCAAUAGAAACGAUAGUUGUUAGGGGAAGUAGUAUGAGGGAGACCUACUCAUAUGUGAGGGAAGAGGAAGUUAUUGGAAGAGAGGAUGAAAAGAGGGAGAUUAUUCGAAUGUUGGUGGAAAUGGAUUUUGGGGAGGAUGUGUCAUUCAUUGCAAUGGUAGGGAUUGGAGGGUUAGGCAAAACCACACUAGCUCAAUGUGUUUUUAAUGAUGAUAGAGUCGAAAAACAUUUUGAACAAAAAAUGUGGGUGUGUGUUUCUGAUGUUUUUGAUGUGCAAUUACUUGUGGGGAAAAUUUUGAAGUCUCUUACGUCUGACAAUCUACAAAACCUCGACUUGGAACAAUUACAAAUUAAACUUAGAGAUAAGCUAAAUGAAAAGAAAUACCUGCUAGUGUUGGAUGAUGUUUGGAAUGAGAAUGAUGAAAAAUGGCUUAAGUUAGAGACGUUGUUAAAGUGUGGGGGAAAGGGUAGUAGAGUCUUAAUAACCACUCGUAGUGAAAAAGUCUUCUAUAUAACCACUCAAAGUAAAAAAUUCCGUAGAAAAAAUCAGGAGAAAUAUGGGCUAAUUGAAGUAAAGGGUUUGAGCGAUGAUAUAUCUUGGUCCUUAUUCGAAAGAAUGGCGUUUAAGAAAGGUCAAGAGCCAGUUGAAGGCUCAAAAGGAAAGCAGCUAGGAAUGGAGGUUGUCAAGAAAUGUAUGGGAGUUCCUUUGGCCAUAAGAACAAUAGGAAGAUUAUUGCAGGAAAGGUUAUGGCAGUCUCGAGACCCGCAAGAGGAGUUGUCAAGGUUUUUGAAUACUGAGUUUGCAAAUAUAAACCAAAAUGAAAAUGAUAUCUUGCCCUCCCUCAAACUAAGUUAUAAUCAUCUCUCAUCACAUUUGAAGCAUUGUUUUGCUUAUUGUAGAUUGUUCCCAAAAGAUCAUGAAAUUGAUGUGAGGGAGUUGAUACAACUAUGGAUGGCACAAGGAUUUAUAACAUACUCUGAUGACAAAAGCCAAUGUCUAGAAGAUAUUGGUUACGAGUAUUUUAUAAAUCUACUUUGGAGAUCCUUUUUCCAAGAGCCAAAAAUAGAUAAAUUUGAUGAUAUAAUGACAUGUAAAAUGCAUGACCUUAUGCAUGAUCUUGCAAUUAAGGUGGCGGGAUCAAAUAGUGUCAUAAUCGAUCAAAAUCCUAAAAUUUCUAGUGAAAAAUGUCUCCACGUGUCAUUAGUAAAUUUUGGUUUUGAUACUAAAAGUGUCCAAAAAAGACUUCGAACUUUACUUUUACAUAAUGGUAAAGGGAUGAGUUUCUCGAAACUUAAGGACUUUUUGUCCAAGUAUAAGCGUCUACGAGCUUUGAGUGUACCUUCUUUGGAAAUUAAGGAGUUGCCAAGGAAUCUAUGUGAAUUGGAACAUUUGAGAUAUCUAAAUCUUUCAGAGAAUUCUAAGUUAAAAGAGCUUCCUAGCUCUUUUAAAAGAUUAAAGAAUUUACAAACUCUGAAUCUUAAGAAUUGUGAUAGGCUUGUUAGAUUACCUCGGAAAAUGAAGAAAUUAGUCAACUUAAGGCAUCUUAUGAUUGAAGGAUGUAUUAGUUUGAUUGAGAUGCCCCCUGAAGUUGGGUAUAUGAGUUCCCUUCACACAUUAGAUAGAUUUGUUGCAUCUGAGUCGAGUGGGUUGCAUGAAUUGAGCAACCUUAUUAACAACUUACAAGGAAGCUUAACAAUUGAAGGACUCAGUGACACAGACACAACAAAGUAUUCUGCAUCAAAAACAACUUCAGAGCGAGUCAUUUGUCAAGGCAACCAUCGUCUUCAAUUUUUAGAGUUAAAAUGGAUUGCAGUGGAAAAUGACAAAAUGUCACUUGAAGGUUUGCAGCCACCUUCCAGCCUAAAAGAGUUGAACGUAUGGGAUUUCAAGGGUGUGACACUUGGAGGUUGGGCUUUUAAAUGGAAUAACCUUGUUAAAUUGAAUUUAUUAAGGUGUAUGAAGUGCCAAUAUCUCCCAAAAUUAGAUCAAUUACGUUUUCUUAAGGAACUUAUGAUAUCAGGAGUAGAAGCAGAGUACAUGUGCUCAUCUGCCGAAGAUGAUUAUGAUAAAAGCUUUUUCUUUAAUUCCCUAGUGAGACUUAGAAUUGAAGAAUGUCCAAAUCUGAAGUGGUGGUGGUGGAAUAAGAAAGUGGAUGGGAAAAAUAUUAGAUCAUUUCCUCGUCUUUCCAAUCUAUCAAUAUACCACAGCCCUCACCUCACUUCAAUGCCCCUGUUUCCAUCUAUUGAAAAAGUUAAACUGCGUGGAAGUAGUUCAAUGGUAUUAGAAAAUAUAAAGCUCAAUAACAGUUCAUCACUCAAGUCUAUCAAGAUCAAUAACAGUCAAGAUUUGACAUCACUACUGGUGGAAGGGAUUCAUAAGCUUCCUUCCCUUGAGUCUAUCGAUAUAAGAAGCUGCCCCAAUUUGACAGUAGUGGAAGGGAAGGAUAACCUUCCUCCCCUUAAGUCUAUUUAUGUAUAUAACUCCCCAAAUUUGACAUCAAUUCCCGACAACUUUAGAAAAGUGAAGAAUUUCUAUAUUAAGGAUUGUCCAAAGCUUGAACAGAGAUGAUGUAAUUGAAGUUUCUCUGUGAGUUUAUGUCUUUCUCUCUCUCUCUCUCUCUCUCUCUCUCUCUCUCUCUCUAAUUGUUAGGGUUUUUUUAAUUUAGAUUAAUGUGUUUAUGAAGCAUGCAUGCAUGCAUGCAUUAAUCUGGAAUUAAUUUGAUUUCCUUUUAAAUGAAACAGAAACAGGUCAAUUUGUAUAAUUCAUCCUUGUGAACCAAUGGGGGCCUGAUUGGAACUCUGUGUUGGGAGAUUCGGCAAAGAAGGAACAAAUUUGUCUUGCUGUACAAGAGGCAGAAAGGGAUGCAGCAUCUUAUGGAAACUUAACAGGCGGUUUUAAACAGGAACAACAAGAUCAAAGAAGAGAGUUCAAACUCUGGGAUGGUUCCUAUGACAGGGCAGGGAAUGGGGCCAGCAUUAAUUCUUCUUGUCUAGACUGAUUUUUCAUAGUGGCAUGUCUCUUGAAAUGAUCUCAUCACAAAUGAAAAUUUAUAGUACCAUUUAAUGUGUUAUGUUCAUAUCUACUUGAAAUUUUAAAUUUUCGUAUGAACAAAAUUGUGUACACACAUGAAUGAUACAAUUAGUUGGAUAAAGACUAAUGUUCCACGGA